GCCGCUCCCGUGUAGACGCUUUCUAAGGAUUGCUGCUUGUGUGAAGAAGCUGUAAACCAUGAGGGAGAUGAGCCACCAUGGAUGCCAAAGAAAUAGUUCACUGUGCCCAGCAGAUAGAGAAAUUCGCUGCAGACAGAAGCUAUGGGAACAUCUUGACCCUCCUUGGUGACCUUGAUAAGUCGGAGAUCACGGCAGAGCAGCUGGAAACGACGGACGUUGUCAAAGUUCUUUAUAGAGUCCUGAGAACCUGCUCUGAUGACAGUGUGAAGAAGACGGUCAAGAGCCUGUUGUCGAAGUGGAAGAGACAGUACAGCAGAGAUACACGAGGAGUGAAAUGCACAGCCUCUUCAUCACAUGAGGAUGAGGAUGGAGGAGGUUCAAAGCAAGAAGCAUCACCCCCAGUGGAAAAAGAUGGCCUCCAGACUCUUACUGCAGAGAGCACAUCUGCAUCCUCUGAUUUCCCAUCUGUAAGAACCAAAUGUGUUCAGCUCCUCCUCGCUGCCCUCCGCCCUCAGCCUCCCGAUCAGGACAUGGCUGCACAGCUGGCGGGCGACAUCGAGCAGCGCAUCCAUGACCUCCACAAAUCCAAUCAAGUCAAAUACAAAACCUGUGUGAGGAGCAAGGUGGCCAACGUGAGGAAUCCUAAAAACGGUCACCUGCGUCAGGGCCUCCUGAGCGGCUCCCUGUCGCCUGAAGCCUUCGCCCGGAUGUCAGCAGAGGAGAUGGCGAGCGCAGACCUCCGCCAGCUCAGAGAGGAGUACUCCUCCCGGGGGGUGAGCGAGAGGCAGCUUCCUCAAGGGAUAGAGGGGACGCAGACGCAGAAGAUUCGCUGCAAAAGGUGCGGAGGAUCGGACUGUAGGGUGACGCAGGUGUCCAGGGGGGCCCUGUUCUUGCCUGCGUGGGUGAGGAGCGGUGGCCCCGGUGAGGAUGCGAUGACUUUUGUGACCUGUAGCGGGUGCGGGCAGCAGUGGUACCACAGCGGCUGGGUCUGCCUCUGAACCGAAUCCAUCGAUUCAUCAGCCACUAACUGUUUGGCCCAUAAAUUGACAGACAACGGUGGAAAUUGUCAUUUUAGCUCUCCUGUUGUGUAUCACCUUGUGAAACCACCAAAAAUGUCAAUGGUUGUCCUGUUUUAAGCGGAGCUCAACAUUUUCUUUAUGGGUUGAGAAACUUUUCUAACCUUUCGCAACAAUCUGAAAAAGAGUUGAAAACAUUGUGGUCAAGGUUUAGCUGCUCCUUCCUGAGUUUUGACAUGGUGAAAGAUUUUGAACCGAAAAGUGCUGACAAGUUGUUCCUGCAGUGUGUUAGAUAUUUUCUCCAACAUGGUGAGAGGAAUGCAGAGUGGAAACAGAGGACAGAGCAUUCCUGCAAGAUGAAGCAUCCACUUGUGGUUUCAACAAGACAUUUUAGGGAUUUA